ACGUGUGUCUGCAUGUUCACCUCGCCUCUUUUUCCUGGGAUUCUCAGCUGUCUGAUUUGCGUUGCCACACCUUAGUCCAUUUGUUCCUGAUGUAUCAUGUGAGGUGACUGCGCUUUUCUUUCUUUCUUUUUCUUUUUUUUUUCUUUUUAUGUGGCUCCAUAAAGAGUGAAUGGAGCGCGUGGCUCCAUAACGCGCGGCGCGUGCAGGAGGAGCAGCAUGUCCCGGACUGCGCCUGGGUUCUGAAGGACAUCCAGCCUGGGCUUGCUGUGGGUUUGGGGAUUAGUAGCUCCAACAUCGUGAGGCUGUGCUGUUCGGGGAUUAGUGAGUGAGAGAGAGAGAGAGAGAGAGAGAGAGAGAGAGAGAGAGAGAUGGGAGAGAGGUGCUCACACAAGGGGCUCUGACAGGACACCAUGGCCACCGGUGCGCUCUCUCCUCUUAUAGUCGGCUGUUUUUUGCUUUAUGCUUUGGGACAAGUUACACAGAAAGAUGGCCACUUGGAUACCGUGCAGAGUUCAGGCCCUCUGUCCUGUUUUGAGGGUGUCACAGUACUUGGUUAUUACAAUGGCUCCAUGUCACAGACAGACUCAGGCUUUCCCUGUCUGAAAUGGACUGAGUUCCCUGACUACAUGCUGCAGUACCCAGGCAGGGGGCUUGGAGAUCACAGCUACUGCAGGAACCCUGACCGUGAGUCCCAGCCCUGGUGCUUCUUCAGACAGCAGUCUGGAGCCAUCGGCUGGGCUUACUGCAACUGCCACCAGGGUGCAGCCAGGCUGAUGGGAGGAGGGUCUAACAAGAGCGGCCGUCUGGAAAUUUACCUGAAUGGCCAGUGGGGGACAGUGUGUGACACACACCUGACUGACCGAGAUGCAAGUGUCAUCUGUCGACAGCUUAGCCUCGGUGAAAUUGGUACUGCACUCCAGCACUCCUACUUUGGCCCUGGCUCUGGACUUUUCCACUAUGAGCAACUUGGCUGUCGUGGCAACGAGAACUCGGUCUUAGAGUGCCGGGGCAGGAAGUUUGUCUCCGGUGACUGUAAUCAUGGAAAUGAAGCUGGAGUGGUGUGUGCUGCACCUGAAGGAAAUGGCACUCCCUUGAGGCUGGUGGGAGGCCAGGAAGACUUUGAGGGACGAGUGGAAGUGUAUCAUAAUGGCCAAUGGGGCACAAUCUGCGAUGACCAGUGGGAUGACAUUGAUGCCGAAGUGGUCUGUCGACAGCUGGGAUUUGGUGGUGUGCCAAAGGCGUGGUCAUGGUCUCAUUUUGGCCCGGGGGCUGGGCCCAUCCUGCUGGACGGGGUACAAUGCACAGGAAAUGAGCUCUCUCUGGAAGAGUGUCCUCACACACCCUGGGGCCAGCACAACUGUGACCACAUGGAGGAUGCUGGAGUGUCCUGUAACCCAUAUACAGACGGUGCACUGCGUCUGGUCGGAGCAGAUUUUCCAUGGGAAGGACGCUUGGAGGUGUACUACGCUGGAGAUUGGGGCACAGUGUGUGAUGACAGCUGGACUGAGCAACAUGCCCAGGUGGUGUGUCGGCAGCUUGGCUUCAGAGGGCGGGCUGAAAUAGCACCAGAUGGUGCGUAUGGGGACGGCACAGGGCUAAUUCUGUUGGAUGAGGUGAGGUGCGACGGGGGAGAGAGCUCCCUGCUGGAGUGCAGCCAUGCAGAGUGGGGACGCCACGACUGCUCCCACAGUGAAGAUGUGGCCAUACGCUGUGAGAGAGGAGGAAAUACCGAUGAUAUUACUGCAGUUCCUCAAGUCUCAGGUCCCCUACUUAGGCUGGUGGAUGGAGAGAGUCGUAAAGAGGGUCGUGUGGAAGUCUUCAUUAACAGCGAGUGGGGAAGUGUGUGUGAUGAUGGUUGGAAUGACAUCAGUGCUGCUAUAGUGUGUAGACAGCUGGGCUUUGUUGGAGUAUCUAAAGCCCGUUCCAUGGCCUAUUUUGGUGAGGGUCAGGGUCCAAUCCACUUGGACAAUGUGAGGUGUGUGGGUACAGAGUCAUCUCUGGGAGAGUGUUUAGCCGAUGGGUCAGACAAACAUAACUGCAGGCACAGUGAGGAUGCAGGGGUCAUCUGUGAUUACGUGUUCCAGCCCGUAGCCGACAGCAUGACAGCAACCCAGUCAUGUGGCCUAAGGCCCAACACACAGCGCCGCAGGAGGAGGAUCAUUGGAGGAGACAAGUCACUUAGAGGGGACUGGCCGUGGCAAGUGUCUCUGUGGCUAAGGUCUCAGUCCAAAAGGAACCAUCCACUAUGUGGAGCCACUCUCAUCAACUCCUGCUGGAUUGUCACUGCAGCUCAUUGCUUUAAGAGGUUUGGCUCUGAUCCGUCACGAUAUGUUUUGAGAUUGGGAGACUACCAUACAGAGGAAAGGGACGACUUUGAGCGCACUCUCUCUCCAGAGCGCAUUGUCAUCCACAAGAAGUACCUCAGCCAGGGCUGGGAGUACGACAUUGCCUUGGUGAGGCUGAAAGGCACAGACGGGAACUGUGUAUCUUUCAACCCACACACUAAUGCUGCCUGCCUUCCUGUUCAUAGUGACAGGAAAACAAAAAGACCUGCUGCAUGUGUCAUCACCGGCUGGGGAGUUACAGACGCUGAGUACUCACGCACUUUGCUGCAGGCCUGGCUUCCCUUGCUGCCAUCCUGGAAGUGCAAAAAACGUUAUGGAAGCCGCUUCACUGGCCGCAUGUUGUGUGCUGGCAGCCUGUCAAACCAUCGCCGUGUGGACAGUUGCCAGGGGGACAGUGGUGGCCCACUAGUGUGCCAGGGUGAAGGCGGGCGCUGGACUCUAACUGGGGUCAUUUCCUGGGGUCAUGGCUGUGGAAAUCCAAGCUAUCCUGGUGUAUACACUCGAGUCAGCAGGUUCCUAAAGUGGAUUGAGAAGGUCACCCUGGGUACUGCUUAACUCUGAGGAUAGAAUAUUACUAUGGUUAAUUAGUUUUAAUAUUGCGUGCUUAAAGUACGAGAUGCCUGUCAGAAGACUGAGACUAUGUUCAAUGUCAAGACAGUGAAUCUGGCUUCCUCAUUCAGUAGCUCACCUCAUGCCAUGUGCAUUCCAAUGUAUUUUGACUUGAAAAGCCAUGUGGAAAGUGUGAAUGACAUUCUUGAUUGAGGUACAAGGAUAUUGAUUGUGCUGAAUCCUCAAGGUUGAACUACAGUUAUAUGGCCAAAAGUAUGUGGAUACCCACCCAUCAUACCCAUAUGUGAGUCUUCCACGAACUGUUGCCAGCAAAAUUAGAAACAUAUAAUUAUCUAGAAUGUCUUUGUAUACUGUAGAAUAAGGAUUUACCUUCCCUGGAAGUAAGGGGCUCAAACAUGUUCCGACAUGACAAUGCCCCUGUGCACAAAGCAAGCUUCAUAAAGACAUGGUUUGCCAAGGUUGGUGUGGAAGAACCAGGUGGCCUGCACAGACUUAAACCCCAGUGAACACCUUUGGGAUGAACUGGAACUCCGACUGCGCACCAGGUGUCCUCACCGAACAUCAGAGCCUUUUCUCAGUGAUGAAGCCAUACUCCAUAACCAUGUUCUAAAAUCUAGGGCAAAGCCCAAGCUAGAUGGACCGGCCAUGUUGUCAGGAUGCCAGACAGUCGACUGCCCAAACAGUUGUUGUAUGGAGAGCUGUGCCAAGGCAAGUGCUCAUCUGGGCGGCAGAAGAAAUGCUUCAAGGACAAUCUCAAAGUGUCCCUCAAAACCCUAGAAAUCGAUCUCAACUCCUGGGAAUCUCUUGCUCAGAAUCAUCCAGCAUGGUGAGCAAAGCUCAUCAGUAGUGCACGUGCAACAGAGAUGAAAUGCAUUGCCGAGGCCCAGAAAAAACUAGCUGUGCAGAAGGCUCAGACUAUCACCACCACCACUAUAGCACCUACCCACGCAUGCCUGACAUGUGGGUGUACCUUCAAAGCCUGGAUUGGCCUCAUAAAUCACCUCCGGGCCCACAAUGGCCACACACCAAAUUGAAGUCAUGGUCAUCUUCGACCCUGAAGGACGAACAUCAGCAGCAGCAGCAAAGCAGGGACCAAGUCCAUUAAAAUGGGAUGUUCAAGGAUAGAUUUGGGGUGUGAUGGUCAGGUGUCCACAAACUUUUGGCAAUAUAGUGUAGCAUUGUUGGACAGGAGGUAGUAUGUAUUUAGAACCAUAUUGCACUAAACUGCAUGCUAUUAUUGUGUGUACUUUUUUUCUAAAAAUUUUAAUUUGUCAGUAUUGCAGGCCAAACAGCUCAAAGAAGCAGUGGGUGUUUUUGUUUGCUUGUUUGUUUGUUUGUGUUUUACAUCUCCAUCCACCACAUCUUCAGCAUAUGAUUAUUACCACAGACAAGAAUUUCCACACAGUUCCCUGGACUGUGAAAAGUGUUGUAAUUCUUGUCAGUAGUAAUUACACAUACAGUACUGUGCAAAAGUUUUUGGCACCUUAUUCUUUUUUUUAGUACAAACUUUGUUAUAGACUUUUAUUUUAUGAUUUAUACAUUAUGGAACCAGUACAAAAACACUUUAGACUUCCAAACAUUAGCUUUCCAGCAGGGGCGGCACAGUGGUGUAGUGGUUAGUGCUGUCGCCUCACAGCAAGAAGGUCCGGGUUCGAGCCCCAUGGCCGGCGAGGGCCUUUCUGUGCGGAGUUUGCAUGUUCUCCCUGUGUCUGCGUGGGUUUCCUCUGGUUGCUCUGGUUUCCCCCAAAGACAUGCAGGUUAGGUUAACUGGUGACUCUAAAUUGAUCGUAGGUGUGAAUGGUUGUCUAUGUGUCAGCCCUGUGAUGACACAUAGACUUGCCUGCGACCCUGUAGAACAGGAUAAAGUGGCUAGAGAUAAUGAGAUGAGUUUUCCAGCACAAAAUUAGAUGUUACAGAAAAAUGUUUGUAUGUCAGUAAAGAAAGCAGCAUAUUACAUAACAGACCACUUUUCAGACAAAAACAUAAUGAAGGCUACUGGGUUUUGCUGCAACAUUAAGAAGCGAGUGUGACACUCAAAGUGUCCAGAAGAACUGUGGCUGGUUCUGUAAGAUGCUCAGUAAAACCUACAGCUCAUUUCCUUAUAAAACCACACUAAUUGUACCUGAGAUUGCCAUUUUUUUUCUCAGCAAAAGGUCGUCACGCCAAACAUUGACUUUUUUUCAUGCGUUACUGCUUACUGAUCUUUAUGGUAUUUUUAUUUUUUUUUAAUGUAGAAACAUUUAAUUUCAUUAUUUUUGAAGGCAUCUUUGCUCUACAGCAUUUCAUUACAUGUGCCUAAGACUUUUGCACAGUACUGUAUGCUACAGAUGUAGUAGAUAUAAACUCACUUUUGAAAACGCCAGAAUAUUCUAGAAUAUGCUGGUGAUAUUUGUAUUAAAUGUUACAAUGAAUUGACAUUCCAGGGGAGCUUACCCAGUGAGGGCUUGAUAGCAUUUUUGUACAAACUCAUGAUGAAGCUUUGUUUAAUUAAUGCCACAGAGUUGUGGUAAGAUGACAUAUAAUUGUAUCCCUGAUUGUGGAAUCCAGGUGAAUGAAGUCGACGAAUAAAAAAAAGUCUAAGUGCAAUUUUAAAAA